AUGGAACGUCGGCGGGUAAAGAUUUUUGCGGGAGCUCCCUCAUCAAAAUCUCUCACUUGGGAUCAAGGCAAGCUCUUGAAAGACUUCAGUCCCGCCUUUCGUCGUUACCUGGGCCAGCCUCUGAGUCAGUCGGCUUCGGGCGCACCAAGCACUGCAGCAUCAUCGGCAGCAUGGCCAAGUUGGCGAGAAAUACCACUUCAGGAGCGCAAAACAACUACGAAGCCGAUCUCACGGCGGCAUGGCCCGGCUUCAGUCCGUGACAAGGCACACGAAGUAGCGUAUAGUAAUGGCUGGGUAGAUGACGUCUCAGUCUUGAGCGCGACUUUCUCGUCGCCCAAAGACAGCUUCAGGGGGACAAAACGGAAGAGCAUCGAAGACGAAGCGCAGAAAAACUUCCUAGAGCAUUCAUUCGCCAUUCACGAAGAGCUGAAGUCCUCUCAGAUCGUCGGUGAGCCGGCUGAUGAGACGACUGCAGAUUUGGACACGACAGGAGUUAUGUUGACAUCCUUCCUCACCAGCGCCUCGUCUUUGACGGAGACAUCUUUCGUGUCUAAUACCUCCGCUUCAAGGAUAGACGAGCUUGACAGAUCUCAUGUAAAUUUCCAGCAGAUCAGCUUCCCAGCACGCAUUACGAACCUAAAGGAUCUACCAAAAGCCGACCAUAUCCUGCAUAUCGGCCCACAGACCAUGACCGUAAACUUGGUUGUAGGCGUCAUCCGCAUAUCGCCCGCCCGAACCGUCCGCACCAAGCGCGGUCGCGGCAGAGAAAUGGAUAUAGUCGAAUUACUCGUCGGCGACGACACUCACACACCCUUCAGCAUUGCCUUCUGGCUUCUACCGGAUGGCAGCCAGCGGCUAAUGGAUAAGCGAGACCAGCCCUUACAGCAACGCGACCCGCUUCGAGAGGCGCUCGACAGACUCAGGAUCCAGGACGUCGUGUUGCUGCAAUCGGUGGCUCUGCAUGCGUUCCAAGGCAAGGUGCACGGGCAGAGUCUCAGUCGCCGUAUCACGAGGAACGAGACUCGAGUGAACCUGCUUGUGCGUGAUGGAGAGCAGGUGGUUGAUGUUGGAAAGGUGGAGAAAGUUCAGCGGGUCGUGGAGUGGGUUGGACAGUUCGUGGCACCUGCAGCCAGGCCGGCUAGGGCACCGACUGUAAGAAUUCAAGGGACGGAUGAUAGACGGAGGGUGAGGCAGGUUGAAGAGCUGCCGCCGGAUACACAGUGA